AUGAGCACAGUGAUAACCACCGCCCUUUCAUACGAUGGUUUCAAAGUAUGGCUGGAGGACGAUCACGGAAAUCCAUUGCAGAUCUGGUCGCCAUCGAUCGACUCCCGACGUCAGGUUUCGGGCACGGUGAGGCUUCCUGCGACACAGUCGUACCACGUCUACUGGAAGAAUAAGGAGUUCGGCGCCAAAUUGACAUCCGUAAACACAUUCUGCGAGGUGGUCCGGCCCGUAAGAAAGCACCCCCAACAGCCGUGGCCAGUAACAGCCGCGUGCUUCAUGAGCGAAAACGUGCCUUCAACCCAAAUCAAGUGUUCCACCAAAGGUAGAGUGCGCUGGCCCCCGCGUAAGGACAUAGAUAUCUGGCUGCGAAAGCGGGGAAGCUCAGAUAAAGUCGAAUUGAGGCUCUGGAGCCUCGUGCAACCGCCAACGCAAGAAGAGAUCACCAAUCUUGAAGUCCAACAGCAUUGUCGUGCAGGACUCCCAAGAUUGAGACUGAAUGGUGACACGGCGCUCAUCUUCCGCUUUAAUUUAGAGCCCGACACUUCAAGCAGAGAGGAAAUCGACGUCAAUAGCGAGUCGGAGCUCACGGAACUGGACUCUAUUGAAUUAGACGGCAAUAUAGUCGAGUCCCGAGGCGACGAAAAUUUAUCUCGGGUGACUUCAAGUUCCCGUCCCAGUGCACCAAUCGAGGCUUGGGCAAACUCCGUCUGCGUAGAAACACCUCCCAACACCAGCGGCAGUUCAAGUUCAAAGUUAAAGCGCAAGCGGAGUCAAUCCAAGGACGAGGAGUCUGACUCGGACUCUGGGGGUGAGCUAAUCAAAGAGCAUACACUGCUCAAAGGCCAACUGGAAGAAAUUGAAACAACCAAAAGGAUUAAAAGGGACGAGGAACACGCUCUACGAGAGCGAUUCCGACGGACGAUCAAGGCUAAUAAAGUGAAGCUUGAGCGCGAAAGAAGGGCACUGCACAAAAGAGAAGAACGCUAUGAAAGGCUCAAAUCCAUCCUCGCGCAGGAGUUUGAGGAUUGA